CUUGAAAACAGAAACAACCAGCAGUGACUAGUUGUAUUCUUAUCAUCAUUUAUUUAGCCCCCCUUUCUGUUUGCAUUCAAUGCUCUUCCUCUCUCUCUAAAACAUCAUUCCUCCUGGCUUCCUCUCUUUUUUCCUUUGUUAUCCCUACUCCCACGGCCACUCCGCUGUUCCAAUUUUCAUUUUGUUUAGGGUUUUUGUGAAAGGUGAUUGAAUUAUGGGGCAUCCUUUGGGACAGUUAAAAGUUACAGUUGUACAAGGGAAAAGAUUGGUAAUCAGGGAUUUCAAGACCAGUGAUCCUUACGUUAUAGUAAAGUUGGGCAAUCAGACAGCAAAGACCAAGGUUAUCAAUAGUUGCCUUAAUCCAGUCUGGAAUGAAGAGCUGAGUUUCACUCUCACUGAACCUGUUCAAGAUCUACGCUUGGAAGUAUUUGAUAAGGAUCGAUUCAAGGCAGAUGACAAGAUGGGACAUGCUACCCUCAAUCUCCAGCCAAUAGUCUCUGCUGCUAGACUGCGGCAUGUUGUAUGCCUUUCUUCUGGGGAGACACCAUUGAGAAAGAUUGUGGCAGACACAGACAACUGUCUUGCCAGAGAGAGCUCAAUAAGUUGUAUAAAUGGUGAAGUGGUGCAGAAUGCUUGGUUAAGGCUUUGUGAUGUUGAGUCAGGGGAGAUCGAACUGACACUUAAGUUAAUUGAUCCUCCUGUUGUGCCUUCAAGAUAGAAUAGAACUAGUGUAUCUAUAGUCAAGUUUUGUAAUGUAACAACCUAAAGUUGUGUCAUUGAGAUUAUGGCUGUAAUUUAGCAAUUAGUAAAGGGACUGAAAGUGUAAUUUUUAACUGGUUUGAAAAAUAUUGUCUUUGUCUGAUGAAAUGGAAUGACAUUUUCAGUGGA